UGAUCCAAGUGGUGGCGACUCACAUGGGCCCCAUAGAAGCUUCUUUUUUGUUUACUUCGAUUGGAGUGGGGGGGCUUUUUCUCUUAUCUCAAGUGCAUUAUCUCCCGGCAGUUAUUUUCAUUUAUUUGAUGCGUGGUGCUUUUCAAAACGCGUCAACUCCCAUAGACCGCAGCGUGUGUCUGGAUUUGAUAUCUCCGGGGCUGGUGGGCCGCUGGGCGGCGCUGCAGUCGCUGGCGACUUUGAUGUGGAGCUUCUCAGCCCUUUUUGGGGGUUUUCUCGCGGACUUCACCGACUACAGGAGGAUCUUCACUUUCACCGGCCGCAUCUACAUAAUGGCGCAGCUGGUGUACCUGCCCUGCUUGUGGCUGCUGCCCCGCCACCACCAGCUAGCUGCUCACCGCCGCCAGCUAGCUAGCCAGCUAGCUAGCCAGCAACUCCCCAAAAUCGUCAAGCCGGAGCUCUCCCCCACCACUUCAGGCUGA